GACAAAGAGGCUAGUACACAUCUAUGAUGAAUCAGGAAGCGGUGUCGAAUUGAUCACUUGUUGUUUUAUACGUUGACUGUUGCUGUUCUUUUUUUUUUUUUAAAGUUAUUUGGAUUUUAAAAAAAUCAUGUCAAGAAACAAUAUACCUCGUCAAAAAUCGUUAAGUACUCCUGAGGUUUUAAAUCCCUUCGUGCAUAAACUUAAUUUAAGUUUGAGAGAUAAAAUUCAGAUUGCAAUAAUGUCUGUUACAAUAGCGCCCAUUCGGCUUGUUUUAGUUCUUCUUUUAUUACUCCUGGCAUGGCCUUUUGCAGCUCUUGCUGUUGCCUUUCGGUCAGAAGAGGAUAAAUUAAAACCAAUUACAGGAUGGCGUCUGUUUAUGAACUGGCCGCUAGUUUACAUCGGGAGAGCCAUCAUUGUUGCUGCGGGCUUUGUCGUAUGGCCGAUCAAGGGCAACAGAGCGCCACCCAGCCAGGCGCCUGUUCUUGUAGCUGCGCCCCACUCGGGAAUCUUCGAUAUCAUAUUGUACUUUCUGGUAAUACCCAUGUCGAGCCCGGUCUCCAGGAAUGAAAAUGGAAACAUCCCAAUCUUUGGAACCCUUACAAAGUUUUCUCAACCCGUCCUUGUUAAGCGUGAAGAUCCUAAUUCCAGAAUCAACACCAUCAAAGAAAUCCAGCGCAGGGCCCAGUCAGGUGGCCGGUGGCCACAGAUUAUCAUCUUCCCAGAAGGGACUUGCACAAACAGAACCUGUCUUAUUGCUUUUAAACAAGGUGCCUUCUAUCCUGGUGUCCCUGUGCAGCCCGUGUGUGUCAAGUAUCCCAAUAGACUGGAUACUGUGACCUGGACAUGGGAAGGACCAGGAGCAUUUUCACAGCUAUGGUUUACUCUUUGUCAAUUUUAUACAAGAAUAGAAAUAGAGUAUUUACCUGUGUACACUCCUAGUGAAGCAGAAAAGAAAGAUCCAAAACUUUUUGCUAAUAAUGUUAGAGAGAAGAUGGCCAGUUGCCUCGGGGUACCAGUGACUGACCACACUUAUGAUGACUGUCGACUGAUGAAUGAUGCCGAGAAAAUGAAGCUACCCAUGAAUGCUGGUAUUGUUGAAUUUGAGAAACUUCACUCAAAGCUCGGUGUUUCUUACGAAGAAGUUCAGGGCUGUUUGAAAAGGUUUCGUGACAUCAAAGGCAGCAAAGAAAAAGAGAAAGUGGCACAGAUCACAUACGAUGAGUUCAGCCAGUACUUGUACCUCCCCAAGUCUGAUGCUCUUUUGGAAGUCUUUAAACUUUUUGACAGGGAUGGUUCAGGUACUAUAGACUUCAGGGAGUAUGUGAUUGGUCUUUCACUAGUCGCCGCCCCAGCAAACAAUGAUGACACAAUAUUAUUGGCCUUCCAGCUGUUUGACGAUGACAACAAGGGCUACAUCACAGAGAGCGACUUGACUCAUAUACUAAAGGGAGCUUUCCUGAUAUCUGAUGAAGACAUUGAUAACAUUUUCAAGGAAUUGAACACAAGCCACAGUGGUAAAAUAACUUUAGAUGAAUUUAAAAACUAUGCAAAGAAGAAACCAGAAUACGCCAGAGUGUUCAUGACAUAUCAAGAGUUGAAAGAACAGAAUUGUUUCACUGGCAAAGAGAAGGAGCUCUUUAGCAAAGGUCAAACUGACUUUAAACAAUGGCAUGGACAGGUGGAUGAGUCAGACAAAAAAUUACAAUGAUCAACAUACCUAGCUCAAUCAGUUUUGUUUGUCUAAUAGUUUGUUACAAUUUAGGGCUUAAGUAUUUUUCAUGUUAGUGUAGUUCAUGUCAUUUUAGGUUUUGUUUGUUUUCUCAGCUAAUCAGUUCACUAAUGGGGUAGUUGUUGCAACAAAAACAAAAGUUCAGUCGUGCCCUAAUUUUGUUCCCUGGAAUAUUCAAAUACAAUGAAAAAAAAAAGUCUUGUGAUCUUUAAAUGUAGUCUUUUCAUCUGUUUCAUGAGUCAUAGAUGAACACUUGACUUUGUGAAACAUCAAAACAUGUGACUUGUCAAAUAUCAAUUGGUGUGAUUGAUCAAACAUCCACACACUUGAUACAUCUCACAUUUCAAUCUUGACCCUUGUGAAGAGUAAGAUAUGACCUUUCUAUGAUAUAAAUGUAGUCUGUGCUAAGGGUGUCAAGUUUUACUGUUAGCUUUUCAAACCAAAGCAUUAUAUUAGUACAAUACAAAUUAUCUCCAAUAAACGCUUCUGUCUCACAAUGAGUCUCUCACACAAAUUAUCCAGUUCUUCCCCAACACAAUGAGUCUCGCACACAAAUUAUCCAGUUCUUCCCCAUCACAAUGAGUCUCUCACACAAAUUAUCCAGUUCUUCCCCAUCACAAUGAGUCUCUCACACAAAUUAUUCAGUUCUUCCCCAUCACAGUCUCUCACACAAAUUAUCCAGUUCGUCCCUAUUUUAAACUUUGCACUAGCAGAAUGUAAUUUUAUUCCAUCUGUUCACCUUGAACCCACUCGAGACACAAAGUAGACAAAAUCACAAGUUUUACAAUUCAAAUCGCUCAUGUUGCUCACGCCCUAACAUUCAUAGAAUCACCUCCCAUAUUUUGUGAUUGUUCACGAACUAUUCCCUCAAUUUUUGUUUUUUAAAUUUUAUUUUAGCGCGGCUUCAAUCAGGUACAUCCAAUUUAAACCAGUUUUUUUUUUUUUUUUAAAUUUGAUGUGUUUAUUUUGGUUAUUCAUCGCAUAUUAUGCUGAUUUGUUGGUUCACUGUUAUAUACACACUCUUGUUUUUUGGUGAUGCAUUUUCACAAACUGUUUUUGUUAUUGAGAGCUUGUACCAUACAAUUCUAUAAGUCUUUAGAAUAAUGUUAUUUAUUUAUACAUUAAGUGAUGUAUUUGUUGACACCACCCUGUAAGGACAUAGAACAAAUAUAUGAAAGUAGUUAAGCUAACUGUUUGUUUUAUGUAAUUUUUUCAUUGAUAUGAUUUUCAGUUCAGUUUGUUAUAAACUAUAUUUGUUGGACUAACGUAGACUUAAACCUUCCGAUGAUAUUGACUUUGUUCUAUCAUUGUAUUGACUUUUUUUUUCUUGUGUUCAUUACAGUUUGAUUUUGUUGGCAAAUUAUGAGAUUGUUUUUAAUUUCAAAUUUGUAUUAAAUAAAAGUCUAUGUAGUUUUUGUUUUUUUUAAAUUUUUAAUUAGUUCUACAAGUUGACUGUAAUUUUUUAAAAAUAUCAUUAACACAGAUUUCAUUGUACUACUUUAUCAUGUAUCACUUGUAACCCAGUAACAAAAAUAUACUAAAGGAAAGAAAAGAUAUCUGUAGCUGAAAACCUUGUAUUUAUGUAUUAUGUAAAUAUAUUUAUUUUUAAAAUUUAUUUAGCUUCUUUUUUAAUAAUGCAUGUUGAUAAUUUUUUCUAUGUCACUGCGGUAAUUGAAAUUGAUUUUUUUAUGCUAUCAAAUUUUAACAGAAAAUGAUUAUUUACACUUUUUCAUCCUAGGCAAUAUUUAAGUGUUUCAUUUCAUGCUCUGUUUCAUCAUGCUUUCUCCAGGCGCUCUCCCACCCCUGGCUUAAUUUUUGUUGAAUUCUGUUGUCACUUUUUACCAUGUACCUUUGUCAGCAUUUAAAAAAAAUUUUGUGUUAAAAGUUGUAUUGAUUUGUAUUAAAUCUCACCAUUGUUUUUAGUGCAAACGAUUACCUACUCUAAGACAAACGAAUCAGCCGAAGUACUGCUGUGUUUGCUUUAACCCUUAUUGUUUUGAGUAUUUUAACCUAGUUACCUGAAAUCCAGCACUUUGUGUGUCAGAGUUAAUUAGCCUAAACUUUCUUCAUCAGCGUUCUCAAAUCUUCCUUCAGGUUUAUUCAUUUCAUUUUAUGCCGAUAUGAAGUCUUGUCAACUUUUAAGUUUUCAGUGCUGAUGUUAAGUGUUUGUUGGUAAACAGUAGCAUAGUGAAUAUGCUUAUGUGUCAGCAAGUACAUUGUGAUAUACUGAUGCUAGCAUCCAGCCAGAAUUUAUCAUCAAUACAUAAUCACUAGCAUAAUUAUUGAAUUCCGUACUUCUAUAUCGCAUGUGUAUUUGGUUUCCCUGGGGUCAUUAUGAAAGUCUUGUUUUGCAUGAUGACAUUUUCAUUGUCAUGUCUGUGUUGAGGUAGAUUUUUUAAGACCUGAGGUUUUCAACCUUGUUUGAUUCAUAACCUUGCUUUGUGUUUUAAUCAGUGCCCACAAUAUUAUGAAGUAUAGAAUGAAAUAACUUUAAAUACGGGGAAAGUACUCUAAGAGAAAUAAUCCAUGAAUUGGAAAUGGCUCUAGCUCUUCAAUUCUCUAUUCACCAUCGGAAUUGAGCUUCCUUGUUUAGCAAGAUGUGCUGCCUUGUUUAGCAAGAUGUGCUUCCUUUUUUGCAAAAUAUGCUGCCUUGUUUAGCAAGAUAUGCUUCCUUGUUUAGCAAGAUGUGAGGGACUGCAGGCACGACAUGGCCUAAAUUGUGCCGAUGUGCCUAAAAUCAAAAUCAAAUCUUAGCAAGAUGUGCUGCCUUUUUUAGCAAGAUGUGCUGCCUUGUUUAUAGCCAUUUUGUUCAGUUGUAGCGAAAUAAUUUUAAGCUAACAUUGAAUGGAUGUCUGGCACGGCUCACCCAUCCCCCGGUGCACCAAAAUUCAAACUUGUGAUGACACUUAUACAUAAUAUGUCAACCUAAACCAAUGCUGGUGAUGGUGUUCUUGUGUGUUACUCUUCCAGUUUUUUUGUUUACAUUUGUUAUUUGUGUUUCUUAAUUUCUGCUGACUACUUCAAAGUUAACAUCUGCAUAGGAUAAUGAGAUUUGUAGAAGUGAUCAACAUUUGUUCACAGCCAUACAGCCAACUAAAACUCUUGUUUGGUAUUCACGUGUCAUAAUUACUUCAGCAAAUAACUGAGGCAUCUGAGAAAAGAAAUUGGUAGACAGUUCUAGUGUUUCUGUUCAAAAUGACUUUCCAAGUAGCAGUAACUGAGUUCAAAUUACAUUGAUAGGAAGAUAUUCACAAUACAACUGUAAAAUUAUAUUGUGAAAAGAGAUAAGAGUAUAACAUCGCCUCCAUCUCAUUGGUGAUUGAGUUUCCUUUGUCUUGCCCCCCCCCCUCCCUUUCUUUUUUAAAAAUUACUUUCAUAUGUUACAAUAAGAAUUGCAAUAUUUUGUUUGUUUGUUGAUCAGAUAUAGAGUAUAUAGUUAGUGUGAAUUGUUGUCAGGAUGUGCUGUAGGGGACAAAGUAAAGACUUAGUUGCCAGAAACAAAACUAAAACAAAAUGUAGGAUAGCACGGAAUAUAAGAUACAAGGCAUUUAAUAUUAUGAUGAAGCCCUUGACAUCCGUAGCCUUGAAGCACCUCUGGGUUGUUCUGGUUUUAAUAGGUGUGGCUUGGAAGGGAAAAAAAUCAUUCUGGUUGCUGUCAUGAUUCAUUGGCUGUUUAACUACUUGAUGUAAAGUUUCCAAUGGGACAAUAAUUAGGACUAAUUUCCAAGACAAGGAUGUUUUGUUAGAGGGUUUUAGUUUUCUAUUGUUUGUAACUUUUUUUCUAGUGGAAAGUGGAUGGUGACUGACCAGAUUUAUAGCUUAGCACAACCAAAUAAAAUGCUUCUUAAUGCUUUCAACUCUGGCUUUUAAUAUAUUUAUAUACUUGGUAUAUACUUGUAUUGCAUAGACUUGUGGCUUUAAAAUUGUCUAUAUUUUUCUGUAACAUUUUCUAGCUUUCUGUACCAUCAUUCUUGUAACAUACUUGUCCAGCAGAAAAGGUUUAAGACAGCUUUCCUCUGUUAGGCUCCCCAUCAUAUGUUCAGUAUCUUGUCUGACCAAGCUCUUCUUAACUCUUUCUCUCCUAACUGACGAUACCAACGUUGAUUCCACCAGAAUGUAGUAAAUAAUUACGGAGAGAAAGAGUUAACUUACAUAGGAUUGACCAGUUUUCCUUGAUGGACCACAUACAGUCUAUUCAUGGAGCAUACAUGUUAGUCUAUUCAUGGAACAUACAUGUUCUUUUUCUUAUAAAACAAGCCUGGUCUAGUUAAUGUCUACCAAAUAACUGUUUUGAUAUUCUCUGUUAGCUGUACAGCUGUUUCUUUCUGUUUGUGAUACAUUCAUCUGCUGUUGCUGUACAGUGGCUCACUGUAAGUCUUAAUAUGGCUGCAUGUUGCUCUUUUUUUAUAUAGGCUAACACUGUUUGAAUCAUUAGCACUGUAUUAUAGUCGUGUUGGGUAUAUAUUAUUGGCAUUUUAACCAUAGCCACUCCCCCCUCCUUUUUUUUUUCAAACCGCCAUCGCCUCCUGAAUGCUUAAUUUAUUGUAUCAAGAUGUUAAGGUGGCAAUGAAACCUCCAGUGUUGAGUCCUACAACCUGACAUCUACCUGCGUAACUUUGUUGCACUAACCAGCUUUGCAAUCCAGUCAUUAUGUUCGUAUUUAUCGAUUCAUUGCUUGGUAUGUUCAAACUAAAUCAUUCAUUAGAGUUCAUAACGUUGACUGUUCUGGGGACAUUCAGAUACAAAUUAUGGAAUAGCAAAAAUUUUUACAAAAUCGAUAUUGUAUAUUCAUAUAAACAAGUUGUUUUUUUUUUUUAAUCUCUCAAUUUUAUUCAUAAUAAUGACAAAUACAGAAAGUUUAGGUUUAAAUAACAAAAAUAUCAACCAGACACAUUCCAAAUUAUCUAUAAAUAUAUGUCAGUGGAAUGAAUUUUUCUAUGUACUGAUGCUCAACUGUAUUGAAGAGUUAUAGAAAUCCAAUAUUUGUUUGAUACUUGCAUUUGCUUUAAAAAAAAUCUUUCUCUAAUAGAUUUAUUUUAAAGAAACAUAGAUUAUCAGGGAAUUCAAAAGAGGUAUAACAUUUAUCAGAUAAGAAAAUAGCUAGGCUUCCUGAAAUAAGUUCCCUUGUCUAAAUAUGUUUUUCCCUUCAGCGUUUAGCUUUGAUAAAAAUUUCUCAGGCACCCUCUUCCAGUGAACUGAACAAAGGUUUAAAAGAAAACGUUCGAUAUGUUUGUGUUGCAUAUUUUAUUGUGUGUGUGUGUUUCUUGACAUGGGCUGACCCAGCAUUCUAGUGAGUUAAACAAAGGUUUGAGGGGUAUUUCUUUAUACAAUACAAAAAAGGUAAAUUUUUAAAAAGUGUUUACAUUCUAUGAAGAGUAAUCCUAAAGCCUUAACUUUUACACAAAUAACUUGUAUUUAUCUUAAGUGGCCAAAAUAUAUGUUUGAAAAAAAUAAUAUUGUAAGCAUUAUCUCGCUCUCUCUAAAUACUAUAUAUUUUAAAAUCUUUGAUUUCAUUGCUCUGUGUUAAUUGUCAGAUGAACUUUUACUCUUCUUGAUGUGAAGAGUAUGUUUACAGAGACUGUAUUUGUUGAUGUGCCUUCCUGUAUGAAUAUUUACCGUGCCAUCUAAAAGCUUUUUUUUUUUUUUCUGCCUCCAUGCCAAGACUAAAUAAUUAUGGUAACUUGAUUCAAUAGGACAGUAAUGUGCAGAGCUACAAUUGUCUUGCUAUAAUUGUGGCUUGAACUAAUUUUCAUCUAUUACAGCCCAGCCUUUUCAAUUGAACUCUCCAUAACAGAACAGGCCAGUUUUGGCUUUUAAUUUUUUUUUCUUUUGUGUGGUCCUGGUAGAUAGAUAGAUAGAUUGGUAGAUAGAUUAGAUCCAUCUUUGUGUUUAAAGAGAUUUCUGGACCUUCCCAAUGGUGUUCCUUGCUGUUUCUGCUUUGUAUACACCAGACCAAAGUGUCAGCAGUCUAUGGACCAAUGAUGAUCUCACUAAAACCUGAACUUCUGCUGAGAGCCCAUAGUUCUAAAGGAAAUUGUUCAUAGAUUGUUCUGUCCCUUGAAGCUGAAUUAAUCAAGUAUUGAUUUCAGCUAUUAAAGCUGUACUUUGAUGAUGUUUUAAUAUUUUUGAAUGAUUGUAUAGUUGAAUGUAAUGAUACAAUCCUUUUUUACAAGUUAACUGUGGAACUGUAUUAAGCUUUUAUUUAAAAUACAUUUACUUAGGUUUAUUUGCAUACACUAAGUGGUCUAUCUGGUUGAUAUCUUUUAUGUAUAAUCUUUCGUUCUAAUUAAGAGACAUUUAAUUGUUAACUGUGGUAAAGCUUUAAAAUGUAAUGCAUUAUAAACAGUAAAAGCAAACUGGAUAUCACUAGGUGAUACAUUUGUACAGAAAGUGUAACAGCUUGCUUCUAUGGUACACAUGCUCCACCACCUCUAGGCAGCUAACAUUGAAUGUUUUCUGUUCCCAAGUCUUUGCACCUCUCCCAAGGCUUCUGACGAUGUGCAUUUUAUUUUCCCUCAAACAGUGGCUUGAUCACCUAGUGAGCCAAUGUUUGACUAAAUUAUUGGAUUAUUUGUUCAACAUUGUUUUUAUAUCUAUUUACACACAAUCAAGAUUCAUGUACCUUUUUUUUUUUAAACAUUUUUCCUUAAUGUAUUUAUCCUGGCAAGCAAUGUGGAGGCUAUCCACUAUUUGGGUCUAACUUUUACUUGCAACACUCACUCUGUGUAUCUGAGCAAUUUAUGACGCUCAUAGUCAGUUCUUCUUGGUGGCAUUUCAUUAGUUUAAAGCAGAAUUCAUUGCGCAAAUGAUGGGCAUGUCUAUCAGCGAAAUGCCUAUCAGGGAGGAUUGACUUGAGCUGAAGCUCUGCACAGUCAUUUCCAAGCUUUUGUUUGUUGUUUUUCAACAUGUGGGUCACAGAUUCAUAUCCUAUGUGGUUGGUAUUGAUGUACAUACCUGCGUCUAUAUUAAGCAUCUUGUUAUUUGUGCAAUUUAAUUUUGUUUUUUCAUUGUGGGAAUGUGGAUUGGUAGAUUUGUUGCAUGCCAAUUGGUGUUAUAAAUGUUUCAUAGCACUGAAAAAAAGGUGGAUAACUCUAGUCAUAACAGUGUUGCUUUGAAUGCAAUUACAAUAUUCUUUGAUCCCUCAUACUAAUUGUCUGAUUGGCUUAUUUGGAUGCUGUACAUUUGAAGCAGCAAAAGUUGCCAGUUAGCCCUUCAAUGCCUAUUGCAUGAGUAGAUAACACUCAUUCGUUGCCUAUUUAUAUUCAUAGACUAUUUGGACAUGGUGGGAUGGGUCUUCCAUAGAUCCUCAACAGUGGCAACUUAUCAAAGAUUUGUUUUGAAAAUGGUUUUUAUUGAGUACACCUUUGUCUAGAUCAUGUCAGGUAGGCUUUAUUUUAUGUGUUGCAGGUCAAUUACUUUAUCGUCUCAUGUGCUUCAUAAAAACUCCACGUGAAAUAAUCCCAUUAUUUCUAAACCAUUUAUGUGUGUGUUGUUUUGAAAGAAAAUCAUUUCUAGUUUGUAGGUUUAUAUUUAUUCUAAGCUGUAAUCUUUAUGUCUUUGUUAUACAGUAAACAUUUCACAUUCAUCUUGAUUUUGACCAUUCUAGUGAUUAUUAGUGGUAUCAAGAGAUCACAAGCUGCUACUUAUAAUUUACCUUCUCACCGUGUCUGCAUACGUUUUAUUUUUAUAUUAGAAAUUAUUAUCGAAAGUGUAAAGAAAUGCCACAACUUAAUGAUAACUUUAAGAAAGAAAGAGUUGACAAGGCAUAGGUUGUUUUUUUUUUCAGCCAGAGCUUUGAUAAAACUUUUAAAACCUAGACCUCCAACAAAAAGUGUCAUCAUUUACUGAUGUCUAAUAAAUACUACAACAAUACUGCAUAAUUGGGCCCAUAAAUAUCUAUAAAUAAUAUACACAUUUUAAAGAGUAUUUAUUAAAAUACACAUUUUUUACAAAAUUAUAUAUAAAUAUAAUAAUGUUUUUAUGAACAUUUAUCAACAGUUCUUCAUACUGUGUGUUUGUAACACUUUAACAUUAGCUACUUACAAAAACUCCUUUAAUUUUUUCCAACCUUUAUAUCACCUUUUGUCAGAUUAUAUUAAUUUGCAAUAGCAUAUUAAAUGUGAGCAUAGUCUUUUGAGUUGUGUUAGUACUGUUUGGGCUUGGAUCCAGUACUUAAUUUUUAUCUUUAACUGAAAGAUUUUCUUUUUUUUUUUAAUCUGAUUCUGUUUUUAUAGUACAAAAGAAAUUUUAUUAAAACUUUUGUUUUCAAACUUGUACAAUUUAGUCCAAUUUUUGUUUUUUGUGUUAUGUUUUUUUAAAUUCUAUUUUAUUUUGAGCUAUUUUGGCUAUCUUAAGUUUAUAAGUGUUCUGUAAUUAUUUCUGUUAUUUUUGCCCCUUGGCAAGUAGAUAUUGUGUCAACUAAUCAGGAAAUGGUCAUGUUUUGAUGAGUGAUUUAUCAAGACAUGUAGCAGUCCAGUGAAUGUAUGCCUGUAUGUAGCUGCAUUGAAGCUAGCAACUGAUGAAUUUAGUUCAGUGUUAGGCACUGGCAUUUUUUUGUUUCAAAUUACUGCUAUAGAGCUUAUUAACAUGUGUGUACUUUGCCUUUUCACAGUCUGAAACAAAGGAAUUCUUCUUUUGAAAAUAAAAUUUUUGAGAAAAUAA